CGUCAUAGCCAUUAGAAUUAGAUAUCGGGGUACGUGCUCGUGCAAUGUCUGUGUUCGGCUUCGGUUAUGAGCAGUGUAGAACGGCUACGGCGUUACCGGCCUGUUGUCGUUGUGCGUUAUUGUGAGUUGUUGGGCCGAUUGCCCAAAAUUAAUAUAGUAAUAAUUUAAUUUUUUUUCGCGGCGUGUUUUUUUCGCCUUUUGCCGCCAUUGGUGUUAUUCUUGUUGUUAAUUUUUUGUUCCUCAUGAUGAUGAUGUUGUUGUUCGGCGUGUGAUUUAUUUCGCGCUGCGGCGAGAAUCGUUCGUCGGCCGGCACCACGAUUCGAGGUUUUUUUCGCUUUGCGAAAAGGUUUUUCAAUUUUAAUAUCGGUAAUUAAUUUUGUCCAAUUGUAAUAUUAUUAUCAUGUGUCGUCUAGUACGAGAUUAUCGCGAAUUUUCGCCUCGAAAGUGACGCGGUUUUUUGUCGGUAUUCGAUCGAUCAUCGGUGUCGAUCGCAGCAUCACCAUCGUAAAUCAAAUUCACGCUGCGAUCGAUCACGUUGCUGCUUGCUGUGGAUUGGACGAAGCCCAUCUCUGGUAGGUUGGCAUUUAGCACGACGAAGAAGCCCGGAUCCAGCUCUGUAGUACAGAUCGCCUGUUUCGUACGUAAGUUGCAACAUACACAGCGCAAUAAUGAUGGAAAAAAUACCAAUUACGCCGGAAAGUGAGCUGCAGCAUUAUACGCCUCAUCUGAAAAAGGUGCUGAAGACGUACCAGAAGAGCGCCAUCAAGAGUCUGCAAGGUCCCAGCACCGUAUUGGCGACCGAUGCGGUAUCGACGACGAUGAAAAAGGAGCCGGCUUCCGAGUCGUCUCCGGAGUUACCACUAGAGACGCCUCCGCCGCCGCCGGUUCCUCAAGUUCCUAUCCUUUCGACGGCCGAUCAAAGCGCCGAGCUUUCGGAGACGCUCAUCGAAGGGUAUCGAAUAUCGUGCUUUAUCAUCGGAGGCGAGAAACGUAUCUGUUUCGUUCAGCUGCUGAGCACGGUGCUGAGGAACGUUCAAGCUUACACCAUCAACAACGUAUGCACCGAGUUGUUCAUCAAUUUCUCAUCGUGUAACUCGGAGCAGCUCCUGGCUCUGAAAGCUAAAGGUCUGCUGCCGGCUGAAACUCCUACCUGUGGCCUGGUCACAAAGCCGGAUGCCGAAAGAUUAUGCAGCGUUCUGCUGCACGAAGGAGGCGCAGCUCCGGAAGGUCUGGACAAGCAUAGUCAGUCUUCGUUCUACGUCUAUCACGAGUGCUUUUCCGGCGCCAAAGGCGUACUGUAUUACGAAUUUUACAACGAACAGAAUUGGUGCGUGCAGUGCGUAGUAUGUCGACGGCUAUUCACACCUCAGAUGUUCGUAUGUCACAGUUGUUACAUGGAUAAGAAACGUAAUUCCAUUCAUACGUACAUCGAGACGGGCAUUUGUCACUGGGGCUUCGAUUCCACCAACUGGAGGCUUUACAUUCACGUGCUCGAAACGCAACCGGAGUACGAGAAAUUCACCGAAGUGUUGGAGAAUUUCAAGAAACACCAUGUCAAGUCCGAUCUGAUCAGGCUGAAAAGAAAACAGGUUACCCCUCCGGAAAUAUGCGAGCCGGUGAAACCCGCCGUGAAAUCGGUGAUCGAAGAAACCAUACCACCGAAAGUCGAAGACGAAGAAGAAGAAGAAAGAUGGUACCUCAAAAAGAAAGCAAAAGUUGUCACAGCGGUGGAUGACGGCUCAGCUGUGACUUGCGCAACCAUACCGUCGUAUUACGGCUCCUUUCAUACGUAUUACUCGAAUCUGUGCGAUAAUUGGGUGCGUAAUGCGGCCGCACACGCUGGUUACCAUCAUCCCACGACGUGGCCGAAUUAUCCUCCUUUACCAUUUACCAAAGACUCGAAAUCUUAUUACUUUACCGAAUCGGUGCCGGCAUUUCUGACACAAGGCCCGCCAGUAUUACUACACCCUGAAAGGGUGGUAUCUCUGUCACAGAGUGAACAAUUCGAACGUUCUUUUCAACCUAACGUUGCUUUAGCACCACCAGCUAAACCAACGACAGCAGAAGGCAUGACCUAUAGCAAGUUGAAAAGAGGAGUUAUAAGGGUGAAAAGUGACCUCCACAGUCCAUCACCUUCGACGGAUGCAGAACCACCUCCUCCGCCAGCAGCUACCCUUUACUAUAAGAAUGAACAAGACGAAGAUACCAAACCUAGACCUAUAUCGCCUACAGUUCCAACGUUACCACCGGCCUCAUCGCCUAGAAAUUCGCCUUUACCAGAACCUGCGCCGGAUAAUGGAGUGAAUAGCGUCGUAGAUCAAGUAGCAGCUGUGUUAGAUGCUCUCAGUGAUGCCGAAGAUGCGGUUCGGCAAAGAGUGAUAAAUUUAGUAGACCGGUUAACAUUUAGGAUCGAUAAAUGCGAAAACGAGAGACAGAAGUAUCAAGAUGAAAUGUUGCAGCUUAGAACACGACUAGCGCAAGUUCAAGAAGAAAACGUGCAACUAUUUUACGAAAAUAAUCAAUUAAGGCAGCAGUUAGAAAUUAAGGUCGAAGAAGACGAACAAACUACUAUUGUUACAUCACUGAGCGUCUCAACAGUCACGACGCCGGCAUCAAAUACAUCGCCUGGUGGCGGAACCGUAUUAAAUAACGCUUCCUAUCCGUAUUCGAACCGGAGUACUCCCGGGAUUUCUUCGAAACAACCACAUUGCAGUCCUGUCUCCGUGAUAACAUCGCCUCCACCGCUAUCCUCCAUUAAAUCGGAAUCGUCUGCUUGAAAAAUCAUUAUUUUCUUAUCGCCCAAGUCACACACACGGAUUGAUCUCAACCAUGAGGCGUUAGUGUUGAUGAACGUUUCAUCUCGACCAUAUUUUUGUUCUCUUAUGUUUUUAAUUUUUCUCUACUCUUUUAAAAGACCGACUAAUCAUACGGAGAGUAUCUCCACUAUUACGUAUAGUUUCGUUGUUGUUGUUUACUUCGUACCUAUUUAAUUUUUUUCUUACCUUUUUUUUUUGUCUUGUAAUCACCUACUACGCGUAUUUUAAUAGCGCUGUGUGCCUGUUGGGGUUUGUUUUGGUUUAAAACCGUAUGACUCGAGUGGGUAAUGUGGGAGAUUUUGUGAUAUAGGAAUUUUUUUUUUGCUUGGUGGUCGAAGUGAAGUGUCGCGUGUAGGAAUAGGCUAAUAUCGAAUUCAUCAGCUCUUUGCAGUGUACAGAUGGCAUUGAAAAUGCUUAAUUAUUUCGGUGGUCUGAGGAGGAAUUAUUGAUUCGAGGCGUAAAUUUUAUAAGUAUUGACGCGUAGAGCCAUAGUCCUUUUAUAAAUUUUGUGUUCCCGUUGUGUAAUUUUGUGGUUGUAAACUACUAGCAUGCUUUUUAUUACUCUUUUUGUUCGUGUUUUACUGUAACGAAGAGGGAAAAUGUGCAAAGAAUGUGCGAAACCGAUCGUUGAAAGUGUAAUUUUAUACCGGAACCCCCCUUUCAUUUAAACGUAGUUACCAUUUAUCUCAUUUUACUAUCGCUGUGUCCGUAGUUUGUCGACGUUUUAGAGGCAAAAAAUACUCGUAGUUGCUCGGAUACGUUAAAACGUCGCAAUCUAGAAUUUUAUCGCUUAGCAGUGUAUCGAGUUGAAAAAAACUAGGGCCCUAUCUCCUUCGAAAGGUAUUUUGUCAAAUUGUUCCAAAAUUUUCGUAUUUGCUCACUCGUGCUCUUUUUAUAAGAAUCUUAUUUCGUAGCUCGACAGAACCUGAGAUUCGUUUUUGAGUACUUAUUGUAAACUUGUGUCAUGAUCUCUUUUAAUUUUUUGUGUUUUUUUUUUGUUUUGCUGAUCUCAUAAUUUCAUUCUUAGUGCCAUCAGUCUACGGAAAUUUCAAGGAGUGGCUGAAUAGUACGGCGGGGAGAGGAUUCAAAAAUGUGGGAGGUAACUCUAUAGUCCCCUUACUGUGAUAAAAUUUAAAAUUAUUUAUUUAUUUUUUGCUCGGGAGCAUUUUUCCUGUAGCUCGAAUCUGCUUCAUAGUAUGAAUCACUCUGAAAAUUCACAUUUGCAAAAUCGAGUAGCAUUUUUUUAAUCCUUAGAGUGAAAAUUUGCGUUCUAGAGGAAUAUUUUAUUUAUUUUUUGACUGGGAGUAUUUUUGAUGUUGCUCGAAUCUGCUUAAUAUUGCGAAUAGUGUUGAAAAUUCAUAUUUGUGAGCAGAAUUGAGCAGUUUUUUUUUCAUCCCUGGUGUGAAAAUUCAUUUUCUGGAAUUAUAUUUAUUGCUCGGGAGCAUUUUUGUUGCUCGAAUCUAUCUAAUAUUGUGAAUUGUAUUGAGAAUUCACAUUCACAAGCAAAAUCGAGCAGCUUUUUUUUCAUCCCUGGUGUGAAAAUUCAUGUUCUGGAGUAGUACUGGAAUGGCUGUUCGAGCCUUUUUGACUUUCCAUCGUAUUGUAUACUAUCGUUCUGUUUCGAGCUAUAUAAUUUUCUUCAACGUUUGAGUCUUCCAUUCAGCUCAUCAUCUGUCAGUAAAUUGAAAUAAUCUUGUGGUCACUUUCAACGAUCGUUUUCUUUUCUUAUCCACUUUAAGAGAUGUAAUUUUUAUGUUACCAAAUAAUUUUUUAAAUGUUCCAUGUAAAUAAUGUACAAAGAACUGGAAUUUCUAUACGAACAACGACCCUCCUUCCCCUCUAAAAAAUUAUUUUUUGAAGAAUUAAUCAACCUUUACAUUCCUUACAUUAUAAGGGACGACAAAAAAAAUCCUACGUUGGGCAGAUUUUGAAAUCCUAUCGCGUUGUUCGCUAACAAAAAUAAUUGUUCGAAUGUAAAUAAUUAUUUUUUUGAGUUACCUAUUCGUCUAUUUGCUAAAAAUGGGCGAAUGUAUUUCUCCAAAUGCUGAAUUUCGGUGUUUUAUCUUUUUCUUUUCUUUUUUUGUACGGAAAUGAGCAACGUAAA